AUGCAAGAGGCGAAACCGGUUGCAACACCCAUGUCUGAAACCAAGAAGCUCACGCUGGAUUCAGGAACACCACUUGCUGAUCCCAAACAAUACUGCAUGGUCAUUGGGAGUCUUCAAUACUUGUCUUUUACAAGACCUGAUAUUGGGUUUGCGGUCAACCGAUUGUCUCAAUAUAUGCAUCGCCCAACAAAUGACCAUUGGCAGGCUGCCAAGAGAGUCUUGCGCUAUCUUGCUGGAGCAAGAUCACAUGGCAUUUUCCUCCGUUCUGAUUGUCCUUUAACGGUUCAUGCAUUUUCUGAUGCAGACUGGGGCGGUGACAAAGGUGACUGUAUUUCGACUAAUGCUUACAUUGUGUACUUUGGAGGUAGUCCUAUCUCCUGGUCCUCAAAGAAACAGAAAAGUGUGGCUAGAUCUUCGACGGAGGCUGAGUACCGUGCCAUGGCAAAUGCGGCAUCAGAACUGCAGUGGAUUAGCUCGCUCCUUACUGAAUUGGGUAUUGUCUUACCUGUUGCUCCCGUGAUAUAUUGUGAUAACAUGGGCGCUACGUAUUUGUGCUCUAAUCCUGUGUUUCACUCUCGGAAGAAGCACAUUGCUCUUGAUUAUCAUUUUGUCCGUGGAUAUAUUCAAUCCGGUGCACUGCGCGUUUCUUAUAUUUCGACACAUGAUCAGUUAGCUGAUGCUAUAACCAAGCCCCUCUUACGUCUACGGUUUCAUCUAUUGGGUAAUAAGAUUGGAGUCAAACCUCUGCCUCCAUCUUGA